AUGGUGAGUACUUCGAAGGUAGUUACUACCGAUUCCCACGCGGACAAGUCAGCUUCUAAGAGGGGAGCCGGAGAAAGCAUUGUUGAUCUGUCGCCUAGCUCGGCGUUUGCAUCGCCGCCACGCAAGCGUCUGGCUCGGCGCCAGUCGACGGUGACCGUAUUGCAGCCACCAGCCUUUACGUCGACUAAUUACUGGGAAGAACUGGACAAGUUCUCUUUUGAACUCUUCGCACAGACUUUGACUUCGAUUUCUUCUCCGGAGUCAAGCAGUACAUCAACCGAAUUUACGCACCUCACAGAAGUGCGAAAAGGCAAGCAAUCGCCCCAUGAGCGAGAACUGGCAGAACCGAUAGCAUCUGAGGAUUUCGUUCCUUCUCGAGGCGAGGAGAGUGCGGUUAUCACUGAUGAUCUGCGGCGCAGUAUGAGCAGGAGCAACAUCCGCUUUCUAGGCAAGCUUUUUCGAUCGAUGCGGACGAAAAGCCCGCUGUUGAAUGACUUCAUCCGCCUUCACCUGAUCUCUCGGUCGGUGGCGGCGGUAGCGGCUGAUACCUGCGCGUCUAUCGCUGAAAAAUUGGUGCAACAUUUCGAAGACCAGUGCCCCAGGUCUCGAGCAGAGCUCUUUAAAGUGGCAGAUAAAUGGCUACUAGACUCUACGGACUUCGAUCUUUAUGGAAUCUCGGAGGCGUUAGCUCUUUUUGAGCUACUGGUUAUGGACACGGCUCCUGGAGUCUACGUAAACGACAGUGGCUCCACCUUAUUUGCGGAUUUUCUUCCCCGUGGAUCGGAGGCGCAUCGACGCGCCUACUCCAUCCUAAUGCUCUACUCGGCUUGCUGCGGAGCCAAGUUGGCGGCUUCCGAAUGGCUUCCCUGGGAAAGUAGUGUGCUGCGCCUUGCAGAGACCCAACUGGGUCAGCGGGGUCCCCAUGGUGUCACCAUAGGUGGUGACGGUUUGGAACGACGCUGCGCUGUUGUCCGUUAUACUAACGGCAUUAAGCGCAAUGGUAGGAAGUUCAUCGAGAAGGUGAUCUCCCAGUAUCACAUCGUCGGCGUUCAGGAAACCAAGUUCCGCGAUGUCCAUCAUCUGUCCAAGUUUCAAUUUAUCUGUUUUCAGCCUCCGGCCAUCGUUUAUUUAUCAGUGACCGCAACAGCUCCAGCCAUGUUCAAGUAG